ACCGCGACGCCGCCAGCAUUGUUUAAAACUUUAAAUGAAUACGAAAUUACGAAUACCUAAAAUUAAAAUGUAGUCAAAAUACUGCGAAUUCAUGAUGAUACUUCACUUUAACCUUUAAGUAUAUUUCCCCGAUAUCUUAUUUCAUUAAAGUUUUUGUGGACAACACAUCGAAAUCUUUCACAGAACAUGUUUAAUUCGUGAGGAGCACAAUAUGAGUCUGUCUCGUGAAGAACUAAAAGCACAAUACAAACAUUUGAUUUUGGAACGGAAUGCCGGCACGGAAAAAGAGCUAUUCAGUACAAGGUGCUCAAAUUUUCUUUCUAAAAACAAAAUAUCAGAUUGUUUUACAUUGCUGCCCAUAACAGCGGCACAAAGGGACUUCCUUGACAAAACAGAAGGAAGGAAAGAUGUGGAGUUUCGACAUCUCGCCAAAGUUUUUGGACUUUUUGAAAAGUAUGCUGUGAAUAUCUUGGAUAAACCUUGGCAUAAGGAAUUGAAAACAAUCAAGGUAUACACAGGAUUUUUCAAAUACAAUUUUGAACAAUGGUUAUCUCUGGAUACCGUCUACAAAAUUUUCAACCUCAUCGGGUACCAGAAAACACCGAACCAUACUUUGACGAUAGGAACAACUGAUGGUGAACGAUUACUAGUGAUUGCGUUCGAACUAUACCUUGCUAAUAAUCAGUUAUGUACUUUCAAGGGUAACGUAGAUCUGUGUUCUAAAUACUCAAUGCAAGAUAUUUUCGAGGGUUGGAGUAACACAACGGGUAAUCUAAAUGACAUACGGGAAUGGCUGAUACGCCAGAUAGCGACGAAAGAUGAGGACCAUUCGUAUAAAACGCUGUACGAACACAUGAGGCCAGUCACUGUUAUUGACGAAACUAUGCGUUUUGACGAAAAUGGCCAGGUUAUGGGCGUUCUUAUUAAAUAUCCACCAAACUGUCAAAAAGGUGGGUUCGGUAAAAGCGACCAGGUGAAACUUCAACGUUUACAUGAUGCUAAGCGUAACAACCGUGCGAGUGGCGAUUAUUCGUCACUAACCACUGCAAAUUUAUCCGAUGAUCAACUUUAUGGCGAUGGAAAUCCUGCCGUAUCGCCAACAAAUUUAACAAAUGGAUCUAACUGUUCGGGGGAUAGUACACAGGCUUCGAGGCUAAGUACGUCUGUCAAGCGCCAGCUAAACAUUCCCGACCAUGAACUGUAUGGUUGUGAAGAUCAUGAUGUAUCAUCACCAACUAAUGUAUUAAAUGAAUCUGACCAUUUGAAGAGGAACGAAUGGCGAUCCUGGCCAAGCAUGCCUGGUAACCGCGAACAAAUGUUAAGAAAUGCGUUAAAUUCGAACUGCGGGGAACAAGUAGUCUCUCGAGGAGGAAUUGGGCAAAGAGAUAGCAGUCACAUUUAUGAAAAUAUUCAUCGCUCUGUGACCUCCAAACAUCCAUUAUCUACAGAUGUGGAUCACAAAAUUCAAGGGACGGAACGGGUUUUGGACUUGUUAGCCAGUCGUAUAAAACACGGAGAAGAGAAAGUUGGAGAGCAGAAGGUAAUUGAGAAAUCAGGACAUCGUUUUGACGAUUCUCCCAGAGCCUCCGACGAGCCAGACACCGAGAGGAAAGUAUUUUCUUUUGAUCCUUGUCAGUUGUGUCAUAGCACUCCAUAUUUUAGAUGUACGGUUUGUGAACAAUUCGUUUGUCAAUGGUGCUUUGAGCAGAAGAGGCACGGUUGUUAUCGUGUUUCUAAUGUUUAGAAUGUCGGCCGAGAUGUUGAUAUAGAGUAUUCUCAUAAAAACCACAACAGGCAACAAGCAUAGGUUCGAAAGAGAAAAAAAAUUUCAAUGACAAUAGUAUAAAUCGCUUUAAUCAAUUAGUUUUUUGUAGUGACUGUUUUUUGUAACGAUGACAAAAAGACACAAAUUGUUGGUCAAAAGCCAUCCGUAUAUAAGGAUUGGGUCAACAGCUUUGCCGCCUGGCCAUACUCUAAUACAACUAAAAUAGUAUAUUAUAACGGUUUGUUAUAACAAAACUAAGGUUAAUUAUGAAAUCAUCCAAAGAAAUUCUUUUAAUUUUUCAUUUUUUGGACAAAUGGUUUAGUUGUUAGUUGUGAUUUGCUAGAUCCGUAUAAUGACGUAUGCGUAUGAUAACGUAUGUUUGUUGUAUUCUAUCAGCGAUUACGAUAUCUUUAGAUUUAUGUUUUUAUAUUUAUGAUAUUUUCUGUAUCUAAUAAUCCUUUCUUAACCUCUUACGAUAGAUCCUUUGAACAUUGUAUUGGUUAGUCUGAUUAUACUGACACUACAAUCUCGUUUCUGAAGCCCGAGAUUUUUUCUGUCGAGGAAAUAAAGGCAAAUAUAAAGGCUUUACAAUAUGUCAUUUUUCGGAGUAUGUUGUUUCUUGUGUCUUAUCAAAUUGUCUGCUGGU